AUGAGCAAAGGAAAAUUGACUCGUGGACGAGGCCAAGGGCGUGGCCGCGGUCGAGGUCGCGGUCGCGGUGGUUUCGUCAGAGGAAGAUCUCGAAAGGGUCUUGGAGCCGGUAAAAUUGGAAGUCUUCCUUUUGAUCUCGCUAGUUUCUCAAAACUUGAUGCCACAACGCCAAGCUCUGACAAUGAUGAACGCGCCCCGGAACGGCAACGCGGUGGGAAGAAAACUCGGGGGCAAAGGGGGAGAAGAGGUGGAUCUCAUUCUGUUACUUCGCACAAUCGUGUCCCAUUUAACUAUAAUACCCGACAAGCGAAACCGCCACUACCUGAAGAAGCAGACAAGCUGCAGGUGGAAAAGGAACUGGGAAAGCAGGAAUUCCGAAAGGAUUCUUCAGAUCAUCGAGAAAAAUCGGAGGAUGAGGAGGAUAAAGACGAGGAAGUUGUAAUUGAGCCACAUAAGAGCUACAAAAAGAGCAUUCCUCAUCGAAGAAAGUUAGAGGGACUCGUUGUGGAUGAGUAUAAGCAUGUCUCUGAAAAAAGAGAGUACAAUGCUAUGGCUUUGAUAAGACACAGUAACCCUUUACGUCGACCUGUUCUUUUUGUCAGAGCUUCAGGCUCGUUUGAUAAAUCAGGCGUGCUGGAACCUUCCCCUCCGGAUGAGCCUGAGUCACGAGCGGCGACCAAGGAGCCAUCUCACGAAAAAGACUUGCUGGAAGCACCAAACUCUACCUAUAUGCAUGCAUCAGUAUCAGAAGGCAAGGUGGAAUCUUCGAGCAUGUCAGAGCUUGUUGACAACACGGAGGAGCAUGCUGAGGAAGUGGCCAUGCCUGAUGACGAUGAAUUCUUGUCGUUUAAGCUUGCUGACCAAAUCCUUGAGAGUGGUACGAAAGGAAAACCAGUGAGUGAACAGGACGCAAUUUUGGCUGACUGGAUGGAAAAUGCGAUGAUGUCUGACACGGAUGACGUGACCAUGCCAGCAUUACAUGCCUUUUCCGACCCGUAUGGGGAGCACACCACAUUGGAAGAUAUUGCCAUUGAUGCACAAGAACGUGAGAAUACGGCAUGGGAAAGUGACAGCGACAAGGAAGAAGAUCGCAACAGCGAUGAAGAUGACGAUCCUGAGGAUGGCACGGACGACGACGAUGAUGAUGACGACGACGACGACAUUUUGGACGAAUCGCUUCAUGAGCUUAUGCUAAGCAAACUCAGCCAAACUAGCUCGUUGCAAGCAGAGCAGUCUGAGGAAGAGCGAUUUGACAGCAUUUUACGGGGCUCUUUCUCUAACAAGAAUCGUCCUGAUCCGUCAAGGGUACCAGCUAGAAAAUCGAAAAAGAUGCCCGACUUCCGGGAUAGUCUCUGGGCCAAUGAACUGCAGGAACAAUGGGAAAAGGAUCGCUCAAAGAAAGCAGCAAAGAAGCAGCAAAGAGCUGCUGCGCGACAAGCAGCCGAUUACGAUCCUUAUCCUAAUACGCAUGGUCAUUAUAAUUCGACAAAGAUAACCAAGAAACAGCGCCGUUUGGAAAACCGUCAACGUCGUGCACAGCUGAAGAGUCUUGCGGACCACGCAGAGGAUGGCCAGGUAGUAGCGCAAGCUCCCAAGUCAUUCGCCGACAUUUGUGCAUACAUUGACGAAUUUCUCUUGGACGAAACUCAUACUACCCUCACAUUGCCCCCUCUCGGUAAGCGUGAUCGUGCGGUGGUGCAUAAUAUGGCUGGUGCAUAUGCGCUGAAAUCCAAGAGUCAUGGUAAAGGCACGGAGCGCUUCCCCGUGCUGAUGAAGACCUCUCGCACUGGCCACUCCGUGGAUUAUUCGCGACUUAAGCGCUUGUCUCGCAUUCCAUUUGCGCUGAGCGAACGGGAGUGCGACGCUCAUCCAGGCCUCGGCGGUGGUGGCGUGCGCAUCGAAGUAGGCAGGCGACACAAGGAUGGCACGCAUGUGGGCAAAGGAGCUAAGCAAAUCAGCGAAGACAAUAUUGGCCACAAACUACUGCGUUCUAUGGGCUGGUCCUCGGGUCAAGGCAUAGGACAGGCGGGUGGACGUACCGAGCCUGUCCAAGCCACUGUCAAGAUCACGCGCAGUGGUUUGGGCAUGUAA